AUGGGGGAGGAGCGUGGAGCUAACAAUGGCAUUCCCGUGUUAUUUAGCAUAUUGGCUUCCAUCAUGUCCAUUGGUAUCCUCUUAAACGCAAUAUGGCUGAAUCAGCAAGUCAUCACCCAGUGCGAUCAUGUCCUCGACAUACCGUUAAUAAUCAUCUCUUCUUUCCUCAUUGCACUCUCUAUUUUCGGUAUAUUCGCAUCCUUCAAAGGUAUCUAUUGGAUCCUCCGCUACUAUGGAUGUGCCCUCUUUAUACUCAUCCUCCUCAUGUAUGCUUCAAUCGUCUUCAUUCUUGGGGUCACUGACUAUAUUGAAGUGGAAGAUCCGAAUUAUACGAUUGGAAAGCACAGGAGAUGGCUUUAUAGAAGGGUAAACCACAAUUGGAACAAGAUUACUAGUUUCCUUCAACAAACCAAGAUUUGUGAUAUUCAUAGCCAUAAUGCUAACUUAUACUCUAUUCAGUCCCAUUGCUGCAACCCGUCAAAAAAUUGUUCAAAUCCAUCUUUCAUAAAUCCUGAUUGCACUAAAUGGAGUAGUGACCCGAAAGGGUUGUGUUAUGGUUGCGAGUCUUGUAAGAUUGCUUGGAAGAAUAUCGUCGGGUAUGAUUGGAGGAAGGUGGCCAUCAAUAACUUUGUACUUCUUUUCCUUAUUGUUGCCUGCACUAUUGUUAUCUUUCAGACUGUUAAACUUAAGUAA